CGCAGCCAUGGCGGAGGAUGACGAUUUGCCCGUCGUCUCCUUCGGGAGUCUCAUGACCGAGGGGACAACCCUGAGCCGGCGCGGCCAGCACAACAAGGCUCUGGGCUGCUUCAAUGACGCACUGAAGCUGAGGGCAGGAGACAAGCACUGCCUUAUCACCCGCUCCAAGUGUUUUCUGAAACUUGGAGACACAGAAAACUCCUUGAAAGAUGCUGAAGCCUCACUCCAAAUUGACAAAACGUUCUAUGAGGGGCUUUACCAAAAAGCAGAGACACUGUACACCAUGGGUGACUUUGAGUUCGCGCUUGUGUUUUACCACCGAGGCCGAAGGCUCCGCCCCGAUCUGCACAAGUUCCAGCUGGGCAUCAACAAGGCCGAGGAGGCAAUUGUCAACUGCAUUGGGAAUCCAUCCUCGGUGAAGCUGGAGAGCAAGGAGGAGCUGUGCUUUGUGAGCAGGCAGGCAGAGCUGCGGAGCAAAAAAGACAACCAGAAACAGCAAAACAAACCAAAGGAUCAAAAGGAUAAAAAACAGAUGAAGAAGAAGAGUCCAAAAACAGAGCAACAGCUUCUGGGAGAGCUUUAUGCUGACAAAGCAUUCCUGGAGAAGUUGCUCAAGGAUGAAGACUUGAUGCAGAGCUGCACAAGGCAGGGAAUCAAAGUCAUGGACCUGGUUUUGGAUGGCAUCUCCUACCUGAACCGCCGGCGGGACUUCUGGCAGCAGCAGAAGCCGAUUUACGCCCGGGUGUACGAGCGCAAGGUCCUGCGGCAGGAGCGCAAGCAGGACAAGAAACAGAAACCAUCUGACAUCAGCAGAUCCAUCGAAAAGAAUAUGGAGGAUAUUGAUCUGUCACUGGCCAGAGGUUCCGCUGAAGAAAGCUGCAGGAAAGCUGAACGUUUGCUGAAAAAGAUACAGGCGUGGUCAGAGAAGGAAGUUCCCAACAAGAAUGAACUGAUAGGGAACCUCCACAGCUGCAUUGGGAAUGCACAGUUGGCAAUGGGACAGAUGGAGGCAGCUUUGCGCAGCCAUAAGAUGGAUCUGGAUUGUGCCAGGCAGAACUCUCUGACAGACGCCGUGUCCCGGGCCCUGGACAACAUUGGCCACGUGUACGCCCGAAUUGGCAAGUUCCAGCAGGCCAUCAACACUUGGGAGGAGAAGAUUCCACUGGCCAAAUCCAGCCUGGAGAAGGCCUGGCUGUUCCAUGAAAUUGGGCGGUGCUACCUUGAGCUGGAAAAAGCCGAAAAAGCCCAAGAUUAUGGCCAGAAGUCCCUGCAGGCAGCAGAUGAAGAGGGAGAUGUGGAGUGGCAGCUCCACGCCACUGUGCUGGUGGCACAGGCACAAGUGAAAUUGAAAGAUUACCGGUCUGCAAUCCUGAAUUUUGAAAGGGCUCUGGAGAAGGCGAAGCUUGUGUCCAGUGAAGCUGCUCAAAAUGGCAUCAUUGCGGCCUUGGACAAUGUGAGCAAAAGCUUCAUUGCAGAGCUGGAAAAAAGCCCACAUGAAGAUCGCCCCUUCAGUGAAAACAUAAAAAUCACCCCUGGGAAUCGUGAAGAGAAGGAGAAAGGGGAACAACAAGCGGGGAAUUAAGAUGAAAAGCCAUAAGAGGAAGCCAGAAACGGUAAAUAAGCAGACAGGACCAAUACAUAAGCAGACGGAAACGUUAAAGAGGGGGAAACGGACAAGGAAAUAGAGGAGAGCAGUGGGGAAAAGUAGAGCCUAGACGGGAAGAUGAAAUAAAUAUUGAGCAAGCGUCA